CCUCCUUAGUCUCUUCACUUGGAUGCUUGGCUUGGUUGGAGAAUCAUGGGCGUUGAUCUGAUGGGCUACGACAAGAUGGACGAUCAGAUGGCGAUCCAGGAGGCGGCCACGGCAGGGCUGCGCUCCAUGGAGCACCUCAUCCGGCAACUCUCCGGUCAGCAGACGCAGCAAAAGCAGCCGCAGGUCGACUGCAGGGAAAUCACUGAGGUGGCCGUUUCCAAGUUUAAGAAAGUCAUCUCCAUGCUCAACCGCACCGGCCACGCGCGCUUCCGCCGCGGCCCAACCGCGGCAGCGCCGCCGCAGCCACCGGCAGAGCCGUCGUCCCUCCUCUCAGCGGUGGGGAAGACGCUCUCCCUCGCCCCCGUGCCGCUUCGAGCAGUCAAGCCGCUGCAGCACGCAGUCCCUCGCCAGAGGUCGACUCUCGACUUCACAGAGCAAGCGACCGCAAACCAAGCCGCGCCGUGCUUCAGCAUCCCGACGCCGUUGUCCUCGGCGACGUCCUCUUUUGUGUCGUCCGUUACCGGCGACGGCAGUGUGUCCAAAGGCCGGGGCCGGCUCGAUGGCGCUUCCCUCAUCCUCCCUCUGCCAACCGCCUCUCUUUCUACUGGGAAGCCGCCGCUCUCUUCUUCGCUCAAGCGGCUCUGCCACGAGCACGGUAACGGGCACUCUCAUUCAGAGCAAGUCGACGGAAAGUACGCCAUUUCCGGCGGCCGCUGCCAUUGCUCCAAGCGAAGGAAAUCGCGGGUGAAGAGAACGAUACGCGUGCCGGCGAUAAGCUCGAAGGUGGCGGACAUCCCGCCGGACGAGUUCUCGUGGCGCAAGUACGGGCAGAAGCCGAUCAAGGGCUCACCUUACCCACGAGGCUACUACAAGUGCAGCACGCUGCGCGGCUGCCCGGCCCGGAAGCACGUGGAGCGGGCACCCGACGAUCCCUCGAUGCUAAUCGUCACCUACGAAGGCGAGCACCGUCACACUCCUAUCGCCUCAGCAGCCGUCUCCGUGCCGGAAACCGUGCCCGCCGCCGUCGCCGCUUGACUCCGUCGUCCAUCACUGGCCCUACCGUUAAUUUUCCUUUUUUUUCCCCCUUUUUUUACUCAAUCAGAAAGCAAGGGAGGAGUUGAAUUGUGAUCCGUCAAGAAUGUAUACCGAAAAAAAAACUGAGAAAAUCGGAGGAAAUGUUGACCCUAUCGAGUGUGGUGGGGCGAGCGUGAGCUGGCUAUGAGAUAGAUUUGAGAUCGCCGUCAGUAAAGUCAAAAGAUGCGGCCCCGACUGCUGCUGUCGUUGACUUGUAUCAACCGAGAGCAUUUGUUUACCAUGGAUGGAUGUGAUGGCAGUACGUUAAAAUAGGAAGAGGGCAUCUCUUCUUCUCUUCCAAUAUCUUGAGUAAUGGAAAAGAAAUCUUUGCAUCUUUGUAAUUGAUAACAACGAAUCAUAGAUGUUGAAUUUUUCUUAAA